AUGCGCAUGCACGUGCCAUGUUACAGGGCUCGUAGGGAUUUGAGAUAUAGUACCCUCUGCUCACGAACGACCAUAGGCACCGGUCUCGUAUUGACCCAGAUAGCAGUAAGCCCAGAUUCGUCUUUCUUCUCGUCUGAAGUAAGACGAGUGGCCGAACAUGUUUUUUUCAGUCGCCACGUCUGCAUACGACUGCCCUGUCAAGAUGCUUCCAAGACUUCAGCCGCCGCAAAAGCCGGAAGACUGCUGGGGCCGCGGCUGGUUGAACACCCAUUCAUGAUAAACAAUUUUGACACUAGCUACGAAAAUGAGAAACUCAGUCGCUCAGCGCCAACAUUGCCGACGAUCCCAGCAUCCACUCUGACAUUCGACUGUGCCUCCCUCAGGCAAAGCAAGAUUGUUCUUGGAAGUUGUUCGCCAGAUGGUACUUGUGCAUCCAAUCCUUAUAGUAAGCGUGCACGGGUUUGCAACAAUGUCUUUUGA